AAAAUAACGCACAACAUUUAUCGCAAGGCAACGCCGCUUGAUAAAAAUCACACAACGUGAUUGAUCUAGAUUACACAUUAAAAAAGAAAGUAGCAAAAUUCACAAUCAUGGAGAGCGACGCGACUGCUAAAAUACGCCCAGAAACUGUUGUAAAACAUGUAGAUAUGGAUGAACCUACAAAGAAAUUUGCCCUAGAACUAGCGUCUGAUGCAAUAGAAAAGUUUAAAAUCGAAAAAGACAUUGCAGCAUACAUGAAAAGGGAAUUUGAUAAACGAUUCGAUCCCACAUGGCACUGUGUAGUAGGAAGAAACUUUGGAUCAUACGUAACACAUGAAAAACAUUGCUUCAUCUACUUCUACAUAGGUAGCAUCGCCAUACUACUAUUCAAAAAUGGAUAAAACAUAAGGACGUCUUCAUUGUUAUAUCAUCAAGUUAACGCGCAGCAGAUAUACGCCGCGCCAUGAGAUAUAUGCGCAUGUCAAGAUCCAAAUCUGCAAUAACCUGCUUGUCAGCAGUUAAAGACAUCAAUAAACCGCCAAAGGAUGCGUAAAUCGUCCUAUGAAACGUGGAUAUUUUUAAAGGAACGACAUACCUGGUCUCAGAAGAUACGUCCUCAAAUUUAAAAAUCUUACCAUACAUGGCAUAUUCAUAGUCACGCAUAAGUGAUGGUAAAUCGCUGUAGUCGCUCAAGUUAACGUC